CGUUAUAAGUAGUCUUGUGGACUCCUACGCGUGAUGCUGUCUGGUGUUUCGGUUAUAGUGCCUUGGGACAUGUAAAUGUUAUAUUUGAACAACUAUCAUUUCUUUCAACUUCAAAGAAAAUGCACGCGUAACGUUUUUGCGCAUCUUCCUUGGUUGUUUGUUAGAUUUAAACAUUUUAGCCGUCUCAAUGAUGACAUUUACCAUGAUGAGGCCUAUGGCAACCCACCUCCCCUAUCAUGACUUUGGCAUAAUGUCCGAGGACGAGGAAAAUCGCAGCGAAAGCGACGGUAGCUCGGAUCAAAGCUAUGGAUGCUGCGCCGACAAACGACGGAGGAUGUCCCGCAAGUCAGGAGGAAACAACGUUGUUAUAGUUAAGCAAAGGAAUGCGGCCAAUGCGAGGGAGCGGGACAGGACCCAAAGCGUCAACACAGCCUUCACGGCCCUCCGGACACUUAUACCCACAGAGCCAGUGGACCGAAAGCUGUCCAAGAUCGAAACGCUUCGUCUGGCGUCCAGCUACAUCUCGCAUCUAGCCAACGUACUUCUGCUGGGAGACGGGAGUGAGGAUGGACAGCCGUGUCUAACUGCAGUGUACAGCGCGCAGGGAGAGGGCGAUGUGAAACAGCCUCGGACCAUCUGCACGUUCUGCCUCAGCAACCAAAGAAAAGGGGUGAAGGAUGGUCGAGACUGCUUAAGAAUACGAGGAGUCAGUUCUUUAAGAAUGAGUCGCAGAUAGACGUCCCGAAAAUUCAGCAGUAGCCGGAAUCCAUGUCCACAACUCAGGGAGAAUUCAGAGUGGGCCACGCCGGUCUGAACAGACUUGUGGAGCAAGACGGAACCAGUGUGGAAUAAUAGUGAAACUAUUUCAUUUGGGCCAAGUCAAGCGGGAUAGAAACACUUCUUUCACCAAGAGACCCAAGAUGUUUAUAAUGACCUGUCGCAGGAGCGUCCAAACUUUAUUGCAGAGCAUAAAGUUAUUUUGAAGAGUUUAUUGAUUUUUUUAAAAUCAUUUUUUUUUUUUUUGUGAACAGUUGCCUAUUUGUAUUUCAGUUUAAAAUAAAAAUCUAUUUUUUGCAUAGUG